CUGAUCCUGGUCUGCAGCUCCGUGUCCUACGGCUCGACCGGAGGCUACACGGGCCUCCCCGGCCUGGGGGGCAUCUACUACUACCACUACGGCGGAGCGUACAGCGGCUUCAGCGGAGCGGACGGGGAGAAGGCGCAGCAGCUCGACCAGCGUUUCUACCUGCUCAAGCUGCCGAUUGCCAGGGCGGCGAUGGCCGUGGGAGGGUCUCUCCUGGUCUUCUCCUGCGUGCUCAUUUUGGUUGGUGUUCUAGGGUUACCGUGGCGUUUCCCAGCAUGGUUGAUACUCGAAUGCAUCCUGGACGUAGCGGUUGCAAUUGGCAUGGUGCCCACUCUGUACUAUUUCUUCCAUUUUCUGCUGGGGGUUUAUAACUCAUCAGUGUGCAAAGAGAGGGAGCAGCUUUAUCAAAGCAAAGGCUAUCAGGGCUUCAGGUGCAGCCUGCACGGGGCAGAGAUCGCUGCUGGCCUCUGGGGCAGCGUAGCUGUCGUGGCAUACCUGGUUAGCGCAGGCCUAGCUGUCAGGGGGUACAGGACAGUUCGCAAACUGAAACAGAAGCCAGUAGAAUCAUAUGAGCUUUAG